AUGGUCGUGCUAGCUGGUGGUGUUGUUAACCACUCUCGUUUUCAUUCUGCAUCUCGCGGACAUACAAACACUAACGCUCGUUUGACAAGACGCCAGGAUUUGGGUCAAAACUCAAGCAGCCUGAACGAUCCCACAACACUCACCGUAGCAUCCCCCAAACCUUUCAUGGACAAGUUACAACUUGGCUUAGCCCCGACAGCUACAACAGCGUUCAAUGAAUCAAGCACGCUUGGUUCUUCCUCGCAACCCCCUUCCACGACCUCUCUCAAUAUGACAGAUGGGUCUUUUGUCCAGACACAAACAAGAGCCAAGGUCCCGGCAACGUCUACGGAGUCGAAUCUUACUAUGGACAGGGAGACGGAGCUUGUAUCAAAGGCAGAAGACCGUGACCGUAUCGCGACUAGUACUACGACUAGUUGGUUUCCUACUGAAGAUGCACCGAACCCCUCUACCCUGUCGAGCACGCCGUCCCCACUACUGGUCAGGGUAUCUACCACAUUGACUGAACCAAUGGUUUCAAGGACAACAAUGACCACCGAGGUCACCCAUACGAGUGUCGUCACCGGAGACAACAGAGACAGCAAAAAGAACACGCCUGUCAUUGUCGGAAUUGUCAUUUGUUCCGUUGCUCUUCUGUCCCUGUUAAUAUGUGCGCUUGUACUGGCUUUCCGUCGAUAUAUGAGGCGGCGGCAGUCUUCUGGGUCUGACGGUGACGCUUCAUCGGCGUCUAUGGAAGUGCCUCCUCCCUCUCAGAGUCAGCUAGCGGAUAAACUCCAGAUUGAGCGGGAAAGGACACAGACACUUCCAGCGGCUGAUCCUGAUCAUCAAGAGGCCACUGGCAGGAAUGUUGGCGAACAAGAAGAUGAUCGUGGACAGCUGAACAGUAGACGGGAAUCGGUGAUUAGCAGCGGUGAUUCGGAAUCCAUAGUAGGGAUUCCUGAUCCCCCGCCGGCUUAUGCGCCAUGA